ACCUCAUCGAGAUACCCACAGAGCGAAGACAAUCGAAAAAGCGUUUAAUUCUUGUUUAUAAAACAUAAUUAAAGAGAGAAGUUAUCCGAGUAAGCUAUGGGUGACGUAGAUAAUCCGUUUCAGCAGUUAGAGGAUGCCAAAAAGCAGCUUAUUAUGGAUUUUAAAGAAAAUGCAAAGUCCGUUCAGGAAUUAGAAUUUUGGAAUAGAAUGGAAAGCGUGAGAGAUAAUUAUCCAAAUUCCCAAGAGGACAGUUCAUCAGGAGAUACGACAGACGAAGAGCAAGUCGAGGGAGUGAAUUUGACUAAAGGCAAGAAAACAGACGAAAAGGUACCAGAUACUUCAGUUGAAGAAACAAUUCAACAGAAGUCAGCUGCCGGAGAAAGAGCAGACGAAGAAAAGACUUUAAGAGAACAUACUGAAUCAUUCCACAUACCUGAGAUGGAACAUGGAGCAGGGGAUGAUACACAUUUGCUUCAAAAGGAUUUUAUAUUCCAAAAUGAUGGCGUGGAGCAUGACUUCAGUCAAAAUGCUACCAGAGACAAAUCCCUGAUCAAUUUAUUUGAAAACGGAGACAGCAAUGGACUGGGAGCUUUACAGUUGACAGAAGACAAACUGGAAAUAAAUGAAACAGAAAACAAAAAUGUAUCUGCUGAAAAAGCCAAUGGUUGCAAGGUUGGUAUCAAAGAUCUCUUCAAAGCAGCAAAGAAAACAGCAAAAAUGGAAGCAAAGGAAUCUGAGAAGAAAAGAAAACUGAAAGAAAAAGAAACGAAGAGGAAACGAAAAAUCGAAGCCCGAGAGACUGAAAGGAAAAGAAAACUAGAAGAAAAUGAAUCAAAAAAGAAAAUGAAAAUAGAGGCUCAGGUAUCUAUGGAGGAAAAAACACGAGAAUUAGACGAAUACGAGUCAAAACAGAAAAGAAAAGAUGAAAAAAAAUCAUCACAGGGGGGAAAUAUAUCGGACUCUAAACAAUUUAAGCAGAAACAGAAAAUUGAUCAAAAUGAUUUUAAAGAAAAUAAACCAGAAACAAACGACAAAAAAGUCAAUGGAGAGCAUACAUCUUUUCGCGAAAAACCUUUAAUUGAAAUAGAGGAACAUAAUGGCAAGGUAGCAAAGGAGAAAAAAGAACUGAAAGCUAAAAAAUCUGCAGUGGAAGAAAAGGUGAAAACAGGCGUACCUGGAGUAAAAGAGCUAAACGAAAAACUUAAAUCAAUGGAAUUCAAAGAGAAAAUAAUUACAGAUGAGACAAAACCAGUGAAUAAGCCAAAGCUGAUGGAUUUUGUUAGAAGCCUUGUUGGAUUCAUUCGGAACAGAUACUAAAACGUUCAUUCAAACUCUGCUCCGAUCAUUCUUUGUUGCACAGUUACAUAUAUGUUUUUGUUUAUCUGUGAAUAUUUAUU